GUGCUUGAUGUCGUGUCAUCGCGCCUAGUAGGCCGUUUCAUUAGAAAAAAUCAUCACAAAAAUCAGCACAACUUCAAAGGCUUUAAGGCAGCUCUCUCCCACCGUUCACCACAAUGGCCAAGAAAACAGCAAAGAAGAAAAAAGCACCAAAGAUCUCUCCAGAAGAACAGCUCGCAAUUCUUCAACAAGAGGCAGAAACAAAAUGGCAAGCCGAGCAGGUGGCUCUGCAGGAGAAAAAUAACGUGGAACUCAAAGAGUACAACCAACGGCGCGUCAUUUUGGUUGACACCAACAAGUUCUUCAGAAAACUUGAAAAAACCGCGGCAGACACUUAUCGUAAAUUAACCAAAAGCCAAAACUGGGAGCAUUACCUUUCCUGCAAGAAAACUCCCGACCCCGCCAAUGCAGCCCAACUGCGUGACUUCCUCUACCAGUGGAGUUAUGAACUGGAACAGCAGAGGAAAAAUUACACCAGCUGGACGCUGAACGUAAACGAGCGAAGCAUACUGACUCAAGACGACACCGUGCCCAACAAAACGUGGCAAUGUCUCUGCGAUGAAAAUAAAGACGCUGUUGGGUCGUCAUAUCUUCCCGGAAUUCGUAAUGCGCUCCACAUUCUUGCUCUUAUCGAGGACUCGGCGCUCAAAAGCUUUUCGCAAAAAGAAGUUGUCAAGGUACGGGAUGAAAUACGCGCCCAAAUUGCUCAGGUGCUGGACGAAAUAACGAUGCGAGUGGGAGGCAAUAUAUGGCGUGAUAUGAUACCGAUGGAUCCCAUAAAGGCAGAAUUUAUGUUCACGUCGGAUAUCAUCAACUUCUACUUGUGGAGUUUUCAGCACGUCCCGCUUCCACCGGAAUACAACUAUUUGGUCAAAGUAAUUGAAAUGAGGUCUCUUUCAAUCACAUUUCAAAAACCGCCGUCGUUUGAUCUGAAGGACUGCUCCAUGCGGGGAAUGUGGACCCAGUUUGAUCACUUUUCCGAUUUGGACCCAUCGUUUCGGUGUCCAAUUUCGGAAACCAUUCCGGACCUGAUUGCUUCGCAGGAAAUGGAGUGGGCAGAUAGGAACCUAUUGAAAGCGCAGAAGCUACAAGAAAUGAAAUCUAGCAGGAAUCGUUAUGAGGAGGAGAAGAGGAAGAAAGAGCUCGAGGAGCUGGAGGCUGCCAAAGCUGGUACUUCAAAAAAGGAAUCAAAUAAACCAACCGGUAAGAAAACGGCCAAGAAAAAGAAAAAGAAAUCCAAAGAUAAAACAGACAUCAAACCACUAGAAGCUCCACCGCCGGUAGUAACUGAACAAACAACGGUUGAUAUUGAUGAACUCUAUGUGCUACAAGAGCAACAACAUUACGAACAAAAAAUGGAACACAUUGGACCAAAAUCAUUGAAUAUCGGCAAUGAGUACAUAAACCUCAGACAAUAUACCAUCAACGGAGGAGUUUUUGCUAUUCAUCGUUUUGAUAAGUUGCCUCAACCUUCCGAACUUAGAGGUGAUUUCAUAUAUUCUUCAUUGCCAGAAGACCUGAAGUUAACAGAAAAGAAAUUCACUUGUGAAGGUGACACUGAUCUAAUGGUUUUCAAAGUUACGCUUCCUGGACAAUAUUUCUGGUGGCAUAGUCCUGUCGUCUGCCGUUGGGAGAUUUGGGAAGAAAGUGAUGAAUUCCUCUCUCUCAACGAGGAACUGCAAAAAUUUCAUUUAAACUAUGAUAAAAUUAUGGAAGAAAAGUCGAAACAACUUUUUAGCGCGCCAAAGUUGUCCAAGCAAACGAUGAAACCAACGAUCAUUUCAGAUUUUUCUAUCACCGAUAUUCCGAUGGAAGUGAAGAUACACUUUCUAAUUAAAGACCAUGUUCUACCGAGAAUUCCACAGCGAUUUGAAUUCCACGCCGAGAUGCAUAAGCAAUUUACUAUUAUACAAAGUCUGUUCAUGCGCGAACAACGACUAAAAAUUGAGGAGAAACUUAACGAUCUCCUGAAUCUAACUUUUCAAAAAAUGAAAGCAUCGGGGCAAAGUCUCGACGAGCAAAAAGAAGCUCUUAGAGUUCCUAGUAUCUCAGAUAUUCCAGAGGGUAAAGAAAGUAUGGCCUCUUUGGAUGGUUCUUUGGUAAGCUCGGAGGUUCAAACACCAAUGACAUCAAUGCUUGAAGAGCUGGUUGAGGCGCAAUACGCACCAGCAUAUCUGUUUCCACCGUGCCGAAAGAUUCCAUUUUUAAUUAUUGCUGAAAAACAACAAUCGGAACUAAGUGAUUUGGAUCUCGACGACAUGAUGCAAGACAUUUUGGAAAGCGUCAUUUCGGAUGACGAUUUCAGUUCCGAGUCAGUUUACAAGCUGUUCUCAACGUUCAUUAAAUUCCUGGAUCGUCUCAGAGAGCUGGAACAACCGGUGUUUCCAGAACCUGUCGAAUCUGAGGAACCAGAAGCAGAUCCACAUGUUACCCCCGCUGCCAAGCCCAGAACAGUCUCGAGGGAAUCCACUCAUCGUCACCCAUCGUGGACAGAUCUACGCAGUGGAAGAACAUCCAGGAUGAUAUCUUCGUUUUCUAUGCCGGGAGCACAACGCCCACAAUCGAGGAAUUCAGUUAAACUGGCUAGAAAGAAACGGAAGCGUAGAAAGUCAACAAUCCUUCAAAGUGCCUCUGACGCCUCAACGGACGAGGAGCGUGAGCCAAAAGCAGCUGAUCCAAUCGAACUUAAAAAGCUGGCACAUCCAGCGGGGCGUUGGACCACUAGAGGAAUACACAAACAAGAAUAUGAUUCGGCUUCCAGAACUGUGACUAUAUGGACAGACAAGCUCGGAACGUUUGGAUUCGCCAUGGAGAGAUACUAUAAUUUACCAUUCAAAGGGUGGAACAUGAGAAGAAUUGGAAAGCUAUCCGACUUAACAACAAGCUUAACUCUAGACUGCGUUGGCUUACAGCUGAUCAUUAACAUUACAAAAACUGGAUAUACAGUACGUUUUCAAUCGUCUAUCCAGGACAUCACACCGUCAUCGCAAGAGCUAUCUCUGGAUGAACUUGUUAAAUAUCUUACCAACAUAAACUUGAAUGUUUUCCCCGAUGUGGAUGCACCAUUUUAUGUCACAGGAAUGACCACACCAAAACACGAAUCAAUGGAGAUCCACAGUUUGAAAUGCAUGGCCGCGUUUUGCCUGACGCACAACUUCACGAACUGCUUCUGGAACAAGUAUGCGCCUUUCAGGGAAGCUCUAUUUCAAAGUCGCCAAGUAAUCGAAGGAUGUCCGGAGCAGCAAUUCGAAAUAGUAAUGGUGAAUCCACUGAAAGUCGCAGUCGUUACGGUCGAAGAAGCAUGUUCCCCCUUGGAUGAAGUCAUUCUGGCGUACCAUCCAACUCCGGAAAACCAAUCUUAUUAUCCAGACGUGUAUAGCCUCUUGAAGGGCAACCUGGAAGAACCAUCUCGAAAAUUGUUUUUAAAGACUCCACCUAUGCUUCAGUGGAAUGUUGCCCAAAUUCUGCAGAAACUGCGACUGUUCAGUUAUAGUUGAAAUAAAUCAUUUUGGCUUGUG